AUGCCGUCCUUCGCACAGCUGCUAGCGCAGGAAGUCAAGGAGGUCGAAAGCAAGUGGCUUCAGGCGGAGCGCACACAAUUCGAAGCCGAGUGCAAGAAGGUGAGCAAGGAGGGGGGCAUGAGCAUCUUACACACAGCGACUCCUCCGGGGAAGUUCUCGCGCGACCGCGUGAUGGCCGCGCUGCGCAAGGAGCUUGAUGCCCUGGGCUUCUCCUUCCUCGACAUUACGGCUUACGAAUCGUGCAUGCAGAUCGCCGCCUCAUGGGAGGGCGUGGACGCAGCCGCAGAGCCCAGCCAAAAGAAGCGAAGGACCGGCAUCCCGCACUCGCACAAGUGCACCAUUUGCCAAGAGACCCGUUCCAUGGUGGUCUUGGCGCCCUGCGGCCACACACUCUGCCAAGCUUGCCAGGACAAGCGGAAUGGCAAGAAGUGUCCGUUCUGCCGACAACCGGUGCAGAUUGUCACGAAGGGGCUGCUACUGCCUUGGACCAACUGCACUGCGGCCAACGAUGCGCCUGGGCCAAGGGGCUGA